AUGGGGUUCUCCUCCAGAGAAGUGUCAGCCGCCCUCAGGGCUUGUUUCCGGGUCAGCUACCCCAUGCUGGUGCGGCACCGCCAGUCAGGGCAGAUCAUGGUGCUGAAGAUGAACAAGCUGACCAGCAACCGGGCCAACAUGCUGCGGGAGGUGCAGCUGAUGAACCGCCUCUCACACCCCAACAUCCUCAGGUUCAUGGGGGUGUGUGUGCACCAAGGACAACUGCAUGCGCUGACGGAGUACAUCAAUGGUGGGAACCUGGAGCAGCUGCUGGACAGCCCUGUGCCCUUGUCUUGGUCCAUGCGUGUCAAGCUGGCCCUCGACAUUGCCCGUGGCCUGCGCUACCUACACUCCAAGGGCAUCUUCCACCGUGACCUCACCUCCAAGAACUGCCUCGUGCGCUGUGAGGCCAACGGCUACACUGCUGUAGUGGGUGACUUUGGCUUGGCGGAGAAGAUCCCCACCUACAGCGAGGGUAGCGAGAAGGAGCCGCUGGCCGUGGUGGGCUCCCCGUACUGGAUGGCGCCCGAGGUGCUGCGAGGGGAGAUCUACAAUGAGAAGGCCGAUGUUUUCGCGUACGGCAUCAUCCUGUGCGAGACCAUCGCUCGCGUCCCCGCUGACCCCGACUACCUGCCCCGCACUGAGGAUUUUGGCCUGGACAUCACCACGUUCCGCACCAUGGUGGCAAUCGACUGCCCACCAGCCUUCCUCCAGCUCACUUUCCACUGCUGCAGUACUGGGUUCAACCAGCAGACAAGACAGGACUGA